AUGGAACAUAAGGGGGCAGCUGCGAAGGGCUUCCCUAACCUCAUUAAGGAUAUCGCACAGAGGUAUAGUUUGUCAUGCUUAGCUCUCUUCGAGACUAGAGUAAGUGGAGCCAUAGCUGAUCAAAUUCUAAGGAAACUGAGAUUUUUUAGCUCUUAUGUUGUACAUGACGAGGGCUUCUCAGGGGGAAUUUGGCUUCUAUGGGAUCCUUCCCUGAUGCAUGUAGAUAUACUCAAGACCCACAGGCAAUUCAUACACACCCAGAUUACCCUCAUUGGGAGCACCUCUCCCUUCUUCGCAACUUUCAUCUAUGCCAGCCCCAAUUCGAGCCUCCGGAGAAUGUUGUGGGAUGAGCUUCGAUCCCUCACUAACUUAGCACCUUGGAUAACCCUUGGAGACUUCAAUGUCGGCCGUCUUGCUUCUGAGAAGAGAGGUGUUGCAGGCCCAAACUUGCUAUCUAUGUCACAAUUCCAUAAUUGUCUGCAAUCCUGCAACCUCACUGACAUGGGAUUUUCGGGGCCCCCUUUCACUUGGGAGGGGCGUUGGGGUUAA